AUGCCGUGCGAUGGAAAGAAUCCGAAUUGUGAAAAAAGACGAGAAUUACUAUCACAGUUGAAAUGUUUAAUCAGUUCUAUGGAUAUGAAAAAACCAUGUGAAUGGGAUGAACCAUUUUGUCCACCUCCUGUGGUUUGUCCUGUUUCACCUUGUAAUGAAUUACCUUGUUGCAGUCCUGUUAAACGUUGUAAAAGCUUCGAAUUCCGGGCAAGUAUUCUAUAUAGAUGCGAGUGCAUUAAAAGGAACGGCUUACAGGAUAGAUGCAUGAUGUGGGAUUGUAUGGGUAGACCGGAGUGCAUGACAAAAUUGUAUCCAGUUUGUGGUCCAGGCCAAUACGCAUUAUUGAAAUUAACGGACUUAGGGGAUGCUGAAGUUGCUUUGAGAAAGUUUUAUUGUAUCGAUAAAGCCCGAGAAUCUGCUUUGGCAGCAUACUGUAGAUUAGUUUGCAGUGGUGCUAAAGAUGAUUGUUGUGGGCAAAAGUCACUGUGUCCGCCCAAUCCGUGUUGUCCACCCGCACCUGAUCCAUGUUGUCCACCCGCACCUAAUCCAUGUUGCCCACCCUGCUUUCCUUCUUGUAUACCAACGACAUCAGUACCACCCUGUGUUUCUUAUAAAAUUUGCGUACCGUGUCCGCCUCCCUGUCCCCCACCUUGUGCACCAUGUUGUCCUCCACCGUGUCCACCACCCUGCCCUCCAAUAUGUUCCCCAUGUGGUCCCCCAUGCGGUCCACCAUGUUGUCCACCAUGUGGUCCACCAUGUGGUCCACCAUGUGGUCCACCAUGUCCACCAUGUGGUCCACCAUGUGGUUCACCAUGUGGUCCACCAUGUGGUCUACCAUGCGGCCCACCGUGUUUUCCACGUUGCCUUCCACCAUGUUCACCGUGUUGUCCUCCACCUUGUCCUCCACCAUGUUCACCGUGUUGUCCUCCACCAUGUCCUCCACCAUGUUGUCCACCCUCUUUACUACGUUGCGCUCCGCCAUGUUCACCAUGUUUCCCUCAGUGUCCAUCGCCUUGUUCACCAUGCUGUCCAUUACCGUGUCCGCCACCAUGUCCACCCCCAUGCCCUCCUCCAUGUCCGCCAUGUUUACCAUGCAUACCGUACUGUUCUCCUUGUCCACCGCCUUAUGUCUUUUGUAGCCCUCCUUGUGUUUCCUGUCCACCCUGCUAA